UAUCACUACUGCGAAAGAAAAAUGUCAAAGAAAGUUAAUGCAAGUGGUGUGAAUUUUUGCAACGUUAUCCAAAGUCUUUCUCUGAUGAUUGUGUAGUAGAAUCGUCGUUGGAUUUAUUUGCGUGAUUUAAAUUGUUUAAAGAGGAAACAAUACAGUUUUGUAUAAAAUAGAGAAGAUGGCGACCGACAUCGAAGAAUCAGACACCGAUGAUCACGAAAGGCCAGCUCCUCCGAAACGGCAAUGUACACGAGUUAAAGUUAACGAGACAAUUUGGGAUAUGGAAAAGAAUUCAAAUGGGAAAGAGGAGAUAAUACAAGAAACAGAAAACAUUGAAUAUGAUGAUACAGAAAGACAAGCAAGGGAAAAAUUGGAAAGAUGGCAAGAUUAUCAGGUGACCAAAGGGUAUGUGGAUAAUACCAUUAACAAAGUAUUGGAAAAUUACUUUAUGGGAACAUCGUCUUCUUACUCUCUGGAAGAAUCUAGAUUUCAAUUGUUUAAAGGAAAUGAUAUGGAAGAUACUGCAGUUACGAUGGCAAUUCGUAAUCAUGGUUUAGUUCAAUCUGCAAGACUUGUUUCUCAAUCCAGUGCUUUUUACAGUGACAAAGCUCCAGGCUAUUGGACUAAUAAUGAAUAUACAGAUGUACAUUGUUCUUGUCCUUCUAAUCGCAUACAAGGUGGUGGAAAUAUUGAGAAGUCUAUAGCUACUACAUCUACAAAUUCAUUGAGACUGAAUGAUUCAAAAAGCACUGAGGAAUAUAACAGACUUGAUUGGGAUCUGGAUAAAAUAGAUGAGAAUGAUGAACAGGAGAACUUUUUAGAAAGAGCUGUGGCAGAAGCUAUAAAGAAGAAAGGGCUUAGUGCUCUAAGUGUUGAUUAUGGUUGA